AUGAAAGAAGGUCCGGAAGAGUUGGCGGUGAGUUCUCGUCGCAAGAGCGAUGCUUUGGCUAGUCGAGCGAGUCGAGUGAGUCUUCAAUGGUCGGUGCCUUCGCUGGAAGGCAAGCCACCGAGUGCUCGUGGCGGCCACUCCGCUGUACUAGCUGGGACGCAUUUGCUGAUCUUUGGAGGCCACUACUUCGGUAGUGCAGGAGGGUUUGUCUAUUUGAACGAUCUGCAUCGCUUAGAUCUCGAAACUUCGUCGUGGGCUGAGGUGAUUUUUCCAAAGGACCAACCACGUCGACGAGAGGAAGGCGAAGCUGAUGCCGUUGUGCUACCAGCGCCACGAUACGGACACUCAGCGAUCCUUCUGAACGAGAAUGAACGCAUGUUCGUGUUCGGAGGGCGUGGCGCACAAGGUGAAGCCUUCCGUGACAUGUUUUUCUUCGAUCUGAACGCUAUGGCGUGGCUACAAGUACAGUGGACGACAGACUGUCCUGCUGGACGCUAUGGACAUGCAGUGGCGUCGGUAGAUGACGAGAAAAUGUUCGUCUUUGGUGGAUGGGACGGCAAGAAGAGCAUGAACGACCUCUGGGUCUUUGACUCGACUACGUUCACUUGGCGUCGCCCCAAAUGCUCGGGUAAACCACCCAACCCACGUCAAAAUCUGUCCAUGGUAGGGCUCUCCAGCAACGAAGACACCUCUCCCAGUCUCCUUCUGUAUGGAGGAUACACCGUGCUACCCGACACGUUGCCUGUGUAUAACAAAGACGUGUACGUGUUCGACGUUGCCGCGAUGGCUUGGAGUCGUCCCAGACUUGUAGGGGAAUACCCACCCGGAACUUUCGGUCAGUCGUUGAACCUCGCAGGCGCUGGUAGUGGAGCUGAGCUAGCAGUGAUGCUUGGUGGAUGGUCCGGUACGGAGCGUACGCCGCUGUUCAUGGGAGACAAGCAAGUCCGUGAACUUGUUCGACAAGAAAGUCGAGAGCAGCGUCUUGUUAAUAGCAACAAUCAACGAGAAGAGAAACGCAAGAAACGAGAACGCAAGAAACAACACGAACGAGACCUUUGCACUACUUCCUCGUACACUCGAGUACUGGAUGUCCACAACAUGGAGUGGCAUCGCGUAGCAGCAAACGGCGUAGCCGUAGCAAACCGGUAUGGCCACACGUCGACACUUGUUGGUCCUCAUCUCUUCCUCUUCGGGGGCUGGGACGGCAAUCGAGCACUAAGUCAACUCAUCGUAGGCGAACUCUCCAUCGCUCCGGAACCAGAACUCAGUGAGGAUUUCUCUGUGAUGCGCUAA